AUUUAUUCCCUCUCCUUUUAUAAGUCAUAUCCACGUGUCAGUACUGCCUUCCUUUCUUCCUAGUACGCCAGUCGAGUCGCUUGAUCUGGUUUACCCUCCUCUCUAAUUCGCGCACGAAUUCCGACAUUUAUUGGAAACUAAUUAAGUCCUGGGGAAUGGAGCUUAGUGAUAUAGAAGAUUCAUUUGAGAGAGUUGCAAAAAAGCAAAAGUUGUUGUCUUCUAAAUCAAAAGAGAUAAUCGACCAAGUGAGCGGUAAAAUUGAACAGGCAUUGGCGAGUAUGCGAUCAGAUCAUGACCCUACCAUUUCUGUUGAUCAGAAACAGAUUCUCACUGAACUCAAAACCAAGCUUGCAGCGAUUGACCCAAUCAGUCCAUCAGAGGGAUCACAGAGAGAGCUGAAUUUAAGUCUCGGCAAGCAUGUAAAAGUCCUUGAGCAAAUAUUGAAUCCUGAUAUAUCUAAGGCAUAUAGAAAUGUUGAUUUUGAUACUCGUAUCAUAAACCAGAUCAUUAUCAACCACUUUUGCCGUGAAAGCAAAUUCGAUCUCGUAGACUGCUUGAUAAACGAGGCCAGUGAACCAGAUGCCAUUUUCCUAAGAGUGCAAUUUCAAGAGAUGCAUCAAAUACUUGAGGCUAUGAAAUCCAGGAAUCUUGAACCCGCCUUAUCUUGGGUUUUAACAAACCGUGCAAGACUAGAGGAGUUCGGUUCAAAUAUUGAGCUAAAACUUCACAAGCUGCGGUUUGUAGAGAUUUUGCAGAAUGGACCCCGAGAAGAUGCCAUCAGCUAUGCCAAAUCUUGCCUAUCUCCUUUAGCUUCUCGUCAUAUGAAUGAGAUUCAGAAGCUUAUGGGUAGCAUAUUGUGGGCAGGGAAACUUGAUGGGUCCCCUUAUUCUGAUCUGAUCGAUCCAACACGUUGGGAAAAGUUGUCCAAGGAGCUUUUUCAGCAGUUCUGUACUUUCAUGGGGCAAUCCUCUCGGAACCCUCUCUAUGUGGUGGUAGCUGCAGGGGUUGAGGGAUUGCCAACUCUGUUAAAAUUAGGGAAUGUCAUGGCUGCAAAGUCAGAUGAGUGGCUUGCAAUGAAACAAUUACCUGUGCCGAUGGAGUUGGAUAAGGAAUUUCAGUUCCAUUCCAUUUUUGUUUGUCCGGUUAGCAGGGAUCAAGGUAGCGAAGACAAUCCACCAAUGUUUUUGCCAUGUGGGCACGUUCUUUGCAAGCAGUCGAUGAAUAAACUUUCAAAGAGCCAUAAUCGUUCCUUCAAAUGUCCAUACUGUCCUGUAUAUACUUUGGUUGCACAGUGCAAGCAACUGUACUUCUGACAUGGUACAUGAAGUUCAUUCGAUUCCACUCUUCAUUAGUAAGAGAGAUUUUUUAUGGCUCAGUAUUAGCCCAUUCGUACGUGUUGGCUUCUGUAAUUGCCGUUAUCCAAACAUAGCUUUCAUUUGUUUAGUUACAUAAUGAUGUUUCUUAAGGUUUUCUGUGUGUUCUUGAUUGCCCAGCGAAGUGAUGGAAGUAAAACAAUUGGCUCUGUUGCAUGUUUUGCUGCCUAACACCAUCAUACUGAUUCCUCUGUUUUAGUGAAACUGAAUGCCAUUACAGAUAAGUGAUGCUUUGUGGUU